AUGUCAUCAACUAAGCCUACAGAUACUCCAAAUGUUGCAAAUGCUCGUUUGUCAUCUAUGCUUUCACCACAAUCUGAAGCUGGGAAGAAGUACAUGUUUCGAGUUACUUAUGCUAGUGCAGUGGGAAGUUUAAUGUAUCCUAUGGACUGUACUAGGUCUAAUCUAGCUCAUGUUGUUAGUGUUGUCAACAAGUUCAUGGGUCAACCUGGGAGCAAGCUAGUAAAAGUAUUUUUCGUUACCUUAGAGUAUUUGGUGACCGAUUAUUCUGAUUCUAACUAUGUUGGAGAUGUUGACAGUAAGAGGUCUAUGACUGGCUAUGUGUUCACUAUGGGUGGUUCUGUUGUUAGUUGGAAGUCAAUCUUACAACCUACAGUUACUUUGUCUAUUAUUGAAGUAGAGUACAUGGUCUUAAUAGAAGCUACUAAAGAGGAAAUAUGGUUGAGGGGGUUAGUUGGUGAUCUUGUUUCUAAGAUAAAGACCUUCAUGAUUGCAUACAUCUAUAUUGAGAAUGCUCACACUCCAUAG